AUGGCGAGCAUGACUACAGCACUAGUGAGAGACAAUUUUGACUCCAUCUCAGAGGGCUGUUUCUUGGUCAUGCCAGGAAAGAAGAGACAGAAUAAAGGCACGCAAUCCACCAAGACGAAAAGAGCCAAGCCAAAUACGAAGAAUAUUAAGAUUGCUCAGCGCUCUGAGGAGGAGAGCCAAGCAUUGUUGUAUGAUGGAUUUCAGCAAUUGUUCAACGGCAGAGAGUCGGUCGAGUGCAUGCUCAAUCGAAAAGAAAAUUUUAAAGAGUGUUGGAGUCGAGUCAAUGAAACGAUUACCAACAUUUUGCUCGACAUGAACCAAAAUGCAAUGGAAAGAAUCUGUGCUUUUGUCGACAAGGAUCACGAUGUAAACGAUAAUUUGAUCAAGUUGCCCUUCCACGAAAUUCCAACGGGUCUUGUGUUUGCUGGCAUCAACACACCAGACCAUGACACUCAAUUCGCACACAUUGCAUCGAAAUUACAAGAGGCACCCUCAGCUGAAAACAAGCGCAAAAAGAAGGAUUUCGUGGCAUUAUUACAAUCGAAAAAUUGCCUCAAUAUCAAGAAUAUGAUCAAGGCCAUGAUCGAGCGAUUUUUGGCCAACGAAAAAGAUGUGAGUGGCGACGAUAUAGGGUUUGACGACAACGAAGACGAAAAUGAGGAUGAUGCGGAGGACGAUGAGGACAUGAUUCGAGUGACAGAGCGUCAAGCGGCUACGUAUAAACUUGGAAAUAGGGCCACCGCAGCCAAGCCUAGCAAGUGUUUACCUUACGACAUGCAACUGCUGGAAGGAUGGUACAAAUUUCAAACAAAUCGCACCAAUGCCUCACCCAAUUUGGUUGUGAUUCUUCAAGAUUUUGAGUCGUUCGAGCCCACAGUUGUGCAGGAUUUCUUUACCAUCUGCAGUGAAUACAGAGCUCGACUUCCUAUUGUUUGUAUUGUGGGUAUUGCAACAUCCACCGAGAUUCUUCAUCAAUCUUUAAGCAAAUCAACCAUUGGACUAUUGAGAAUUGAAAAGUUUACGCUUGAGCAGAGUGAAGUUUGGUUCAACAGAGUGAUUGAAGAGAUGUUCCUUGAUUCAACCACCACCAUCAAAUUUGGAGCUCGACCUUAUAAGUUUCUGCUGGAUCAUUUCUAUCUAUACGAUUAUUCCAUUAGCAAAGUAACAGCAAGUCUCAAGUAUGCUUAUAUGCAUCAUUUCUACGGCAAUCCACUCUCCAUCUUUUUGCCCCUGAUGCAGCACGAUAAAAGCAAGAUGCAAGGCUGCCUGGCGGAAUGGAUGGCCAAGGGAAUACUCAAUGAACACCAUAUCACCCACAUCCGCAUGCUAAAGUCGUUCAGAGCUUACAUCGAAUCACUUGCACCAACUGAGCCAAAGAAAGCACUUCGAUUACUAGAAGAUGACUACUACCUCAUCACUGACAUUGUUCCCGAUUUAAUCAAUGAUAUCAAAACUUACCAACAAGAGUUCAAAAUGGGCAUUAACUUGCUCGUGUUACUGCAGGCACAGUUUCCAUCGUUCACCUCAUUUUCGAACCUUCGCAAAUCAAAACGACUGUUGCUCUUGGAAGCACUUGGAUCCAACGAGAGAUUUUCGGAAAAGGGAGACAUUGUCAAGUCACUGGUCAUUUUGAUCCGAAAGAUUGACGAGCGUCACGUAGACAGAUUGUUGACAGAAUUACGCCAGUUCCUCGAGAGGGCAGAGUACCAGGAAAUCAGUGCGUCUGCUAUCGAGCAAUUGAACGAAUGGCAAGAGCGAUUUAAUCACUUGGCGGAGGGGCGCGAGCAUCACGCAGCAAGAGCCAAUGUGAAUUUAAAGGGCAUGUUACUACCAGAUGUGCAAGAGAGUCGGGCAACAGCAACAUCGAAAAAGGUGCAAACACAAUCCAUUGAGCAUCUCAAGAAAAAGGGCAGUGAAGCAUCCAAGAUUGCCAUGAGCAUAGCAGAAUGGGUGGAAAGCGUGCUUGCCCAUCAUUUGAGAUCAUUUAUCAACCUGCCUCUAUAUGAAAUGAUUUACUAUACCAACAUACAACUGCACGAAAAGUCAUUUGCAUCUCAACCUCGUGCAGCAGUUCAAACAGCAUUAACACAACCCCAACACUACAUGUAUUGCUCAUGCUGCCAUACAGAAAAGAGCGACCAGAUUCUCUCAUCAGAGCACGAUACGUGUAUUUUGUACAAAUUGUAUUUGGAGUGUGGUAGAAUGAUUAAUUUGUAUGAUUGGUUUGUGGCAUUUGGAUGCAUCGUUGAAAGAGAAAAGAGAUCUCCGCAUCAAAAACUGGAAGAGAAUGAAGUGCAAGCACGGUUCAUUCGAUCUGUUGCAGAGCUUCAGUUUCUGGGAUUCAUCAAGCCAACGCAGAGAAAGACGGAUCAUGUUAUUCGAUUAACUUGGUCAAACAUCUAA